AUGAAGGACACCGUAGUUCUGUAUCCUUCUACAGGUAUCAGCCAUGUCAUUCCCAUGGUAGAGUUUGGACAACACCUGCUCACUUACUACCCUUCCUUCUCCAUCACCAUCCUCAUUUCCACUUUACCUUCUGACACCGCCUCCACUGCCGCAUACAUCGCCUCCGUGGCUGCCGCCACCCCUUCUAUUACCUUCUACCACCUCCCCACUGUUUCUUAUCCCAACCCCGCCAGUUAUCCAGCUCUGUGCUUUGAAUUCAUGGCCCUUAACAACAAUAAUCUCCGUCAAUUCCUAGAAUCCAUGUCCCAGACCUCAAGUAUUGAAGCCUUCAUCAUCGAUUUCUUCUGCAAUUCCUCCUUUGAAGUUUCUGUAAAUCUUAACAUCCCAACAUACUAUUUCCGUCCCUCAGGGGCAAAUGCGCUUGCUGUGUUCCUUUACCUCCCCACCAUUGAUAGAAACAUGACAAAAAACUUGAAAGAUGAUCUCAACAUGCAUCUCCGUGUCCCGGGACUACCAUCCAUUGUAGCUUCUGAUAUGCCUUUGCCGUUCCUUGAUCGCACGACUAAAGCCUAUCGAUACUUCAUUGACAGCGCAGAGCAGAUGGCUAAAUCAUCUGGAAUCAUCGUAAACACUUUUGAAUUGCUUGAAUCAAGAGCUUUAAAAGCCAUAUUAGAGGGUUUGUGCACUCCAGAUUGGCCUACCCCACCAAUUUUCUGCAUUGGCCCAUCAAUUUUGAGCAGCAAUCGAGCUGGUGGCGGCAGCAGCAGCGAUGAACACGAGUGGUUGAGCUGGCUCAACCUGCAACCGAGUCAAAGCGUGGUGUUUCUGAGUUUUGGUAGCAUGGGGCGGUUCUCUGUAAAGCAAUUGAAGGAAAUGGCAACUGGGCUUGAAAAAAGUGGCCUGAGGUUUUUGUGGGUGGUGCGCAAUCCACCUAGUGAUGAAAAAGAGAAAAACAUUUCCGAUGCACCAGAACCGAGCUUGGACUCAUUCUUCCCUGAAGGGUUCCUUGAAAGAACAAAGGAUAGAGGUUUUGUGGUGAAGUCCUGGGUAGCACAGGUGGCGGUACUGAAUCAUGGCUCGGUUGGCGGUUUCGUGACUCAUUGCGGAUGGAGCUCAGUUGUCGAGUCAGUGUGUGCCGGGGUGCCUAUGGUGGCAUGGCCUCUGCAAGCCGAGCAAAGGAUUAUUAGGGUGUUUUUGGUGGAGGAACUGAAGGGAGCUUUGGCGGUGAACCAGUCGGAAAACGGCUUUGUGAGUGCCACUGAGUUGGAGAACCGAGUGACCGAGUUAAUGGAUCCCGAGAAAGGAAACCCACUGAGAGACCGAGUUACAGCCAUGAGAGAUGGUGCCAAGGCAGCCAUAGGAGAGGGCGGGUCAUCUCGAGUUGCGUUGGCCAAGUUGAUUGGGUCGUUUAAGCGAGCUUGA